AUGGCGCGGGCGAUUGUUUUCUUCUGUACUGGAAACCAAAACAAGCUCAUGGAAGUCCAGCGCUUGAUGGACGGAGUGCCUGUGGAAUUCAGAUCUCUGGAUGUCGACUUGCCGGAGCUGCAGGGAUCGCCCGCAGAUAUCGCGAAGGCCAAGUGUGAGGCUGCGUUGCAACACCGUCGCCAGACCACCGAUAGCAACCGUAGCGGAGUUCCCCAAUUCAUCUUCACCGAAGACACGGCUCUCUGCUUCAAUGCUCUUGGGGGGCUGCCUGGACCAUAUGUGAAGUGGUUUUUGAACAACUUAGGAGCCGAGGGCCUCCCGAAACUCCUUGCAGGAUUCGAAGACAAGACCGCUUACGCCCUCACCAGCCUCUGCAUUGCUGAUCAAGAAGGCCACCUUCAUCUUUUUGAAGGUCGCUGCGAUGGGUCGGUUGUAGAGCCAAGAGGGAAGAAAACGUUUGGCUGGGACUGUAUUUUUGAGGAGGCAAGCUCCGGCAAGACAUUCGGUGAAAUGACAACGGAGGAGAAGGCGGGUGUUUCACACAGAGGCCUCGCGAUAAAGCAGUUGAAGGAGUUCCUGCUGAAGGUCACCGCGUAA